AUGAAUGAUCUAUUCUCCCAUUCCUUUAAAAAGUAUCAGGACAUCAAACGUCAGGUCAUUGACGAUCUUGAGGCUGGUAGCCCGUCUGGAAAUGAUGAUAGUAAUCUCAAUAAAUUUUUUGACGAUGUAGAGAAUGUCAAGAAAGACAUGGAAGAUGUCGAGAAACUCUACAAGAGAUUGCAAGAAUCAAAUGAAGAGAGCAAAACGGUACACAAUGCAAAAACCAUGAAAGAGCUCAGGUCUAGGAUGGACUCAGAUGUCUGUCAGGUUCUAAAACGAGUAAAGAUUAUUAAAGGAAAGCUUGAGGCUCUCGAUAGGUCUAACCAAGCUAAUCGAAAGGUUCCAGGAUGCGGUCCGGGGUCCUCUACUGAUAGGACUAGAACUUCUGUUGUCAGCGGCUUAGGCAAAAAGCUGAAGGAUUUGAUGGAUGAUUUUCAAGGGUUGAGGGCUAAAAUGAAUGCUGAGUACAAAGAAACAGUAGGAAGAAGAUAUUUUACAGUAACAGGGGAGAAAGCAAACGAUGAUCUCAUUGAGAAUUUGAUUUCAAGCGGUGAAAGUGAGACAUUCCUUCAGAAGGCAAUUCAGGAACAAGGAAGAGGCCAGAUUCUGGAUACAAUUUCUGAGAUCCAAGAAAGGCAUGAUUCUGUCAAGGAGAUUGAAAAGAAUUUGAUUGAACUCCACCAGAUUUUCUUGGACAUGGCUGCGCUUGUUGAAGCACAAGGGCAACAGCUGAAUGACAUUGAAAGUCAUGUAGCACACGCUAGUUCAUUCGUUAGGCGAGGCACUGAACAACUUCAGGAAGCUAGGGAAUACCAGAAAAGCUCAAGAAAAUGUACAUGCAUUGCCAUUGGUCUUGGAAUUGUUCUCAUCCUCGUUGUUCUCUUUCCACUUUGGUCAAAUUUUUUGUUGAUGAAUAUGUAG